AUGGCAAUUUUUACUCACUGCGGUAGCCUCAGUGCCAAGGGCACUUCAGAAAAUGUGUUGCUGCAAACCACUUGCACGUGGCAGCCGGAGGAAUGCCAGCUAAAAUUAUGUGUACAGGAAAUCAUAAAGCGAGAUUUAAAGGUUAAGGCCGCUAUACAGGAUAUACGAGAAUGCGUUGGGCCAUUGGAGACUUUGAAUGAAUUGAAUCUCCAAGUGAGGGGCCUAAUUCAAGAUCUGCGGACUAAUAUCACUGAACUAGGUAAACUUGCACGAGAACAAGACAAGGAAACGGAUACUAUUGCGAUAUUGAAGGAUGCGGAGAUGUAUGGAAAACAGCUUGACGGGACGUUGGCAUCACUAAGGAAGGCAAAUCUGUCAUGUCAGUUGGCAAUAGAGAGACAAGGAAGGGGAAAUUUAUUCGAUGAAGGAUCGGUUUGGCCAGACACCAGAAAUAGAAAACGCUCUGCAAAGGAGGCUAUGGGGAAUGAAACAAGAAAUAUCACCGACAACCUGCAAAGAAUAAGCAGGAUGAUGGCUACAGAGGUAAACCAAAGUGACGAGUCUAUAAAAGCAUUAGUAACCUCCUCAUCUGUCGUAUCGGAGACAUACGAGGAAUUCAAGAACCAAUCUGGAGACCUACACACGUCCAAGAACAUAUUGACAAAAUAUGGCCGUCGAGAAUUGACGGACAAACUUCUCAUCUGCCUUGCAGUCAUUUUGUUCAUCGUAACAGUACUGUACAUCUUGAGAAAGAGAGUGUUCAGCUUCAUUUGAGAGCCAGAAGUAACCAGGAGCACAUCUUGUUGAAUGCAUUGAUGGCUAUUGUGCAUGCGGUGGAAAGGGCUAACACUCCAUUAGGAGUGUUUCCCAACUUUGAUAUCAUUAAUGAUUAAUGAUUAAUGACAUUAAACCACAAACUAAUA